AUGGACGCGAUCCAGAAAACCAUCGUCGACCCCCUCCAACCUCUCCUCCGCCCCGUCGUUUCGGCCCUCCCCGAACCGGUUCACGAUGCGAUCGUUUCGCUGAUCGGCUCCUCCUGCCACAACAGCCUCGUGGUUGAUCUUGACGUGAGCAAGGAUCCGGCCUGCACCUCCCUUGCAAUCUCGAAGGCUCUCGGUAUUGCCAUCGUCGGAGCUAGCGGCAUCGUCAAGGUGCCCCAGAUCCUCAAGCUCAUCAGCUCCCGCUCCUCUGCUGGUGUUUCCUUCGUUUCGUACGCCCUCGAGACCGCCAGUCUUUUGAUUACGCUUUCGUACAGCGUGCGCAACCAGUUUCCCUUCAGCACCUUUGGCGAGACGGCUUUGAUUGCGGUACAAGAUGUGGUAGUGGGUGUGCUGGUGUUGACAUUUGCGGGUCGGUCUGCUGCGGCGGCGGCGUUCAUUGCCGUCGUGGCGGCCAGCGUGUAUGCACUGCUCUUCGACCAGACCCUGGUGGAUGCGCAGACAAUGUCUAUGUUGCAGGCUGGAGCUGGAGCUUUGGGUGUGGCAAGCAAGGCGCCUCAAAUCUAUACCAUCUGGCGUGAAGGUGGCACUGGCCAGCUGAGUGCUUUUGCGGUCUUCAACUACCUCGCUGGUUCCCUCUCUCGCAUCUUCACCACACUCCAGGAGGUCGACGACAAGCUGAUUCUGUACGGCUUCAUUGCCGGGUUCACUCUCAACCUCAUCCUGGCCGGCCAGAUGCUGUACUACUGGAACAGCCCGGCCAAGUCCCAGAAGAAGAAGCCCGUUGCAGCACCUACUCCCGUGAAGGCGCCAGUCACCGCCACCAGCUCGGGUGUGUCACCCAAGCCUUCAGGCAAGACGCCCACUACUCGGCGCCGGGGCUAG